AUGAGUUACAACCCACCCACUGCUCCAAGAGCCUCAAAUGGCUACGAAAACGAGAGAAGGGGCGGUUACGAGAACGAUCGCAGAGGCGAGAAGCCAGCCGCCAGGCCAGACCAAUCGACAUUGUAUCUGAGAAAACCAGUCGAGCAUGGUGAUAUUAGAGACCCACUGAGGGCCGCCAGUUCCUACUCCCCUAAUCCGACCAGAGACACCAGAGGUCCCAGACGUGACGACACAAGAGACAAAGACUUCAGGGACAACAAACCUAGAGACCUCAGAGAUACUAGACUGAAUGAGUCCAGACCAAGAGACAGCAGGGACAACAGACCCAGAGAAAGAGACACUAGGGACACCAGAGACACUAGGGACACCAGAAAUACAUACAGGGACGACCGUUCUGGGCCUCGUGAUACCAGAGGACACAUGCAGAGAGAGGACUAUCGAAGCGACAAGCUCUAUGACAGGGGCAGCUCGUAUAGGGGUCGUGAUUCUUAUACGCCACGCGGUGCGCACCGUGACUCCAGAGACAGAUACGGAGGCAGGGAUACUCGCGACAGUGGGUACGGGGGUAGAGACACACGCGACGCAGGGUACCCUCCCAGAAGCAGCAAACAUGCAUACACCAAGGAGGAGUUGGCCGACGUGAUUCCGAUCAACAAGUAUGACAGAGCCGGAUCUAAGUGGGACAUUAGGCCCUCUGGGUUUGAGAGCGUUUCUACUGAUAGAGCCAAGGCGUCCGGUCUCUUUGACUUACCCGGCAGACCUAAGAAUGAAACCAUCGAGAGCUUGAAGCCGGACGAGAGUGAAGCAAAGAUCCACCAAGACUCGCAUCUUGAAGCCGUUGCAUCGCGUUCCGCCAAGAGUGUGAUCAUCCCUGGUAACUUUUCCAAGACCGAUCCCGCCACUGUGGCCAAGUGGAUCGAAGACUUUGUGUUGUCUAUGGAGAUUCCCGAAACAGAAAACCCCAAAACGGUCAUUGACAGUACCCGUGUGUGUGAUAAGCAGACCAAGUUGUGCUUAACCUUCAGUAACGCUGUAUUUGCAACCGUGGUUGUAUCGAUGAAGAACUUUGCCGUUCCCGGUACCGAGUUGGUGUUGAACGCUUCCAGACCGCAGGAGUAUGUCACUCCCCGGGUGGUGGACAACCAUGAUAAACCGCGCUCCGAGGAAAUACUUCCCUAUGUUGCUGAUUCGUUUUUCAAGAUGACCGUCACUAACGUGGACCCUGAGGUCAACGUCGAAGAAGUGAAGGCUUUCCUAGCAACUCUUGGUACAUUAAAGGCGUUCCAGCCGUUAUACUCGCGUGCUAAGCGUUUCUUGGGGACUAUCUUUUUUGAGUUUGCAGAUUCAAAGCUGAUCAACCCGGCGUUGGAAAAGUUGAAUGGAAACACGUUCUCCAAGGAAAAACCCGCCAUUGCUUUUGGUAGUUGCACCGGUGCCAAACAGGAGAUUGAGGUGACGUACGAGACCCUUAUUGCCGCUGCUCGUGGGUCCGGAAUCUCCUCGUCCAAGCCGUCAUCCGCUAUUGCCUUUUACAACUUACUAACCGUCGCGGAGUUGAGCUCCGAGAGCUUGCACGCUGAUGUGGUAAACGAAGUUGAGCAGGAGUGCUCUCGCUUUGGUGAGGUAGUUGCGGUGAGGUCUCCCAGACCGUCCAAGACACCGGUCGUUGGUGCAGAGCUUGAGCCUGGUGUCGGUGCAAUUUUUGUCAAGUUCUCAUCUCUCUCGGGGGCCCAGCAAGCUUUGCACGGGAUGGUUGGGCGGACCUUUGAUUUUAGAACCGUGGUUGGAAGUUUCUACUCCGACGAAGAUUUCACGUGUGAUCUUUUCUAA